UGGUGACUGUGACAGAGAGAGGGAGCCAACAGGGGGAGAGAGAGAGAGAGAGAGAGAGAGAGAGAGAGAGAGAGAGAGAGAGAGACUAUGAUUGGAUGCCAGCGAUAGAGUAAAAGCGUAAAGCUGCUUGGAAGUUUUCUUAGUUGUCAUGGGCCCUUGGGGGUCGAUCAAGUGGCACCGCUGACUCACAGAGGACAGGCCCGCAGACACGUGAAGGAACAACAACUGUCAACGCGUAACUGAGGACCACACUCUUCCAAGAGACAUCUCAAAAUCCCCAGCAGCAGAGAGCGGGACCGAGAAGAUCACCAAAAAGCCAUUGGUCCAGAAAGUGAGCGAGGAAAAGGCAGAGAUGAAGAGACCGCACGACUACAGCUCGCCCGACUCGGACACAGAUGAGUUUAUUGACGUGGGACAAGAAGACAGCUAUUGCCCGGUCACAGGGUCCAUGUCUCCUGGGAGCGCCUCGCAGGUCCUGGCCCGAAAGAAGAGACGAGGGAUCAUAGAGAAGCGGCGCCGGGACCGCAUCAACCACAGCCUGUCGGAGCUGCGGAGACUGGUGCCCAGUGCUUUCGAAAAACAGGUAGGUCGAUGGGAAGCGGAGAUGUCCCGUUGCGUUUCAGGGACAGGACUGAGUGAGGCUCGUCUCGUGCAGGGUUCCUCGAAGCUGGAGAAGGCGGAGAUUCUGCAGAUGACGGUGGACCACCUCAAACUGCUGCACGCCAUGGGAGGAAAGGGCUACUUCGACGCGCGGGCGCUAGCGGUCGACUACAGGACCCUGGGCUUCAGGGAGUGCGUCGGGGAGGUGGUCCGGUACCUCAGCUCCCUCGAGGGGGAGUCCACGGACCCUAUAGGGGCCCGUCUGGUCUCCCACCUCUCCCACUGCGCCAGCGAGCUGGACCCCCUGCUGCUCCAGUCGGCCCCGGCCUCCGCCCUGCCUUUCCCUCCUUGGCCCUGGGCGUCCUUCCAUCAGCUGUCCCCCGCCUCCCCCGCCUCCGCCUCACCCGCGUUCCCCGGCGGAAGACGGGACCUGGCCCUGCUGGGGAGCUACCCCUCGCCCGCCUCCCUGCGCCUCGGGCCCCUGGCCGGGUGCCAGCCGGGCGCCCCGCCGCUCCUGGCCCCCGCGGCCCUGGCCGGCGUCCACAGGGCGCCCUCCCUCGCCGCGUCCCCCUCCUUGGCCCCCUCCAGACCCACCCAGCCGUCCCCACACAGCGCCACCCGGGCCUCGCCUCUUCCCCUCCACACCCCUUCCUCUUCCUCCCCUUCCGCCUCCUCCUCCUCUACUCCAGCGUCCUCCGGGCCGCCUCAAGUCUCUUUCAGGCCCUUCGCUCCACUGGGGUCUCCCACAGCCCAGCGCAGGGGCUUGAGCGGAUCGGCCAAGCCGGCAAACGGAUGGGGAACUGAGAUCGGAGCGUUCUGAGGUUCGGCUUCGGGUGCUCUUGCGUAAACAGAAUGGACACGGGGGCGUCUGUGUGCGCUGUGUAGCAAACAUGACCCCUCUGGAGAAAGACGGACUGAACCUCCAAUGAUCGUCUCAGCUUCGGAGACUCUAAGCCAUAUCAGACUAUGGGGUUUGAAUAAUCACAAACAAUCAUGUAAAGGAAGAGAGGAGGAGUGGGAAAGAAAAGAAGGUCUGAAUAAAAUCCCGUUCAUGAUUUUGUUUGACAGAUCCAUAUGGGAGCGUGUCCAUCAGAGCCAUAUAUAUAUGAUAAUGCUCAACAGAAUGAAGUUGUGCUCUUGCUGAUGUUUCAACUGUGAUACGUGUGUGUUUGUUUUCCCAAAAGCCUUUAUACAUUUGAUUUCAAAACAAAAGUUUCUAUAAAGACUAAGUGCCUUCGC